GACCGAUGUGGCCGCGCAGCGCCAGCUCGAGGAUCACAGGAUGAAGCAGCUGACCGUCAUCACCAGCGAGGUCAUCAAGCAGCUUGAGCUUCGAGAGCGGGAAGCUGACCAGAUCAUGAAGCUGUCCGAAUGCUGUCGAAAACUGGAGACGGAGGAGCAGAAGAUCAUGCCGUUCAAAGAGGCGCCGCUAACGCCGGAGGAGCAGCGCGCGCUGGAGGCGGCCAUGGAGGAACCCAGCGACGAGCCGCUAGCAGAGGCGCUGCGCGAGUACGGCGCCCUGGAGAACUUCUGGCGUCGUUACAACACGGCGCUGCUGGACAAGACGGCCAUGACGCUGCAACGUGCCGACCUGCGCGCCGAGAACCAGCAGCUGCAGCAGAUGCUACGCGACUACAUGGAGAACCUGCGGGCCGGCACUGUCACCAAGGCCGAGGGCAUUCUGCCACAGACGCGGCAGUCCAGUCUGUCGGUGGUGGAGCCCGGCCGGCGUAGCAGCACGGCCAACAUCAUCGAGGCGGCCCACGUGGCCAAGAACCUGGUGCAGGCGUGCUCCAUACUGCCGCCCUGCCGCUUCUGAGUGAGCCGCGCCAGACCGGCCGACGGCGCGGCCCGGCACCGCCUCCGGAUAUUUGGCUCCAGCGGGGCUGGCGCAGGUGUGCGGACCGCCUGGGGUACAGAUGGCACCAUGUGUGGCCUACCAUGGGAUAGGUGGCGCUGGUCGAUCACGUGCUGCGAACGGUGGGCCGGUGGAGAGGGGGUCCGGGUGUGGGACUGGUAGUUUGUAUGACUUUUUCCGACCGUUUCCCGCGCAGGAAGAAAUCAUUUCGUUGUAUGGUUUUUGUACUGUCCUCUGUCUCUUUGCACUUCUUUUCUUUCCGUUGUUUGGUAGGUCUUUGUCGUAUGAGAGGCAAAUCAUCUGAAAACUUGUUUAUUAAAUCAGGUUUUGUGCAAACAAAAUCGGUAAACAUCUAGUGCAAUUACACAAACAUAAAACAA